AUGUGUGAGCGUGCUACGGGUAGAGCGGUUUAUGCUCGUAUUCUCAUUGAGAUGUCGGCUAAUGAACCUUGCGCAAAUGAUAUAAAAAUCAAAGCAAUCACGGCUAAAGGUGCUACGUCUACCACACUUAAAGUAGACUACUCUUGGAACCCAAAGAGAUGCGACCAUUGCAAAAUUUUUGGUCACGAUCUUGUCAGUUGCCCCACUCACUCGACUUGUCCUCCCGUUCAAAAGACGGCUACGCCCACUCCGAUAGCAGCGGACAAAGAAGGGUUACAAAUGGUUAAAAGGAGAACUAGGGCUAUCCCUAUCUCUAAAAAGAAGGUUCAACUUGACAAUCGUAAAAGCAAAGGGCCCGCCUUAAAGAUCGCCCAAGUCUACAAGCCAAUCCCUCGUGAUCCGAAGAAAAAGAAUUUGUCAUCCAAAAUGUUUGAUGCUCUCUCGCAUCAAAGAAUUGACGACACUGAAGACGAUUCUUGCAUCCCUUAUGUCAUCCAUCCAAGAGAUUCCCUCCCAUCUUCCGAUACUCAUCCGAGCUCCUCUCACGGUGGACAUAUCUCUAUUCCAGUUGACCAGGGUUGA